AUGAAAAGGAGAGAGCUACCUUCGGAACCAUGGGUGGACACCGCAGUGGACCUGAUGGGCCCACUACCUAGUAAUGACUACAUCUUCGUAAUCGUGGACUAUUACUCUCGAUACAAGGAAGUGAAGGUUUGUCGGACAAUUACGAGCUCAGAAAUUAUCAACCAACUGAAGGACAUUUUCAGUAGAUUAGGUAAUCCAGUGUCCAUCACGGCCGACAACGGUCGUCAAUUUACCAGCGAGGAUUUCAAACUUUUUUGCUCCGAAAGAAACAUCAAGCUUUAUAACACCAAACUCUACUGGCCCCAACAAAACGGAGAAGUGGAGAGACAAAAUAGGGACAUCUUAAAACGCCUCAAGAUCGCACAGGCUGAGAAGAAAAAUUGGAAAGAGUCUCUCCGGGAGUAUAUGGUAAUGUACAAUAGCACUCCCCACUCGGUAACCGGUAAGACUCCCUCGGAGUUAUUCUUCAGGCGGCAAUUCAGAGACAAAUUACCGAUGAUACAAGAUAUGACGUACAGCUCGGAAGACUCGGAGAUGAGAGAUAGAGACAAAGAAUUAAAAGAGAAAGGAAAGGAGUAUGCAGAUAGGAAAAGGCGAGCAGUGGAAAGUGAAUUGAAUAUAGGGGAGAAGGUCUACGUAAAGAGUAUGCAUAAAAGUAACAAAUUGAGCCUCAAUUAUGAGCCAAUAUCACAUACCGUUGAGUCCAACAAAAACGGAGAUGUAGAAUUGCGCAAUGAUAACACAGGCCAAGUAGUUAGACGAAACAUUCUGCACCUAAAGCGAGUAGAAGGACAGUGGAAGGUAGAUAACGGAACUGAAGAUAUAGAUGCAGAACAUUCAAACAAGAGUGAAACCGAUUCUGAUUAA